UGAGAACCACGACUACAUUUGUCCUCAGCAGUGCAGCUAACCUUACAGUCGUUUUCUUUACUGCCUCUGUAUUCUCAAUUUCAACUUUGAUACAACUCAAAAGGUUGUAAGAAUUGGUUUUAACUUAAUUAAUACAACAAAACCCCAUUUCUGGGCUUUAAGAAACUAUUACCUACCAAGCUGCUGCUAGUUCGUAUUAUCGAGCGACUAUUGCUGCCCUUCUUCGAAGGUUGAGACGUCUCAUUAGUCCACCUGCUGUAGUUGUGUGUCUAUGCAAGAAGAUGGUUGAAUUUGCGAAAAACUUGUUUGGGUUUUCAAGAGGCCGGAGCUCGAACAAGAAACUGUCAGUUUCUGGAGAUGAGAAGAACGACAAGAGCUCAAAGAAAAGCUCUACAGCCGGUUCUGGAGCUGUUAGUGAAAGUUCAAAUACUUCUUGCCCAAGAAACCAGGAAGAUUCGGCAGACACAGAUCAGCCCGACGAUUCUACAGCACAAGCUUCUCAACAAGAGAGUCAGCUUCAGCGCGGGAUCGGAGGUUUGCAACCACAACGUACGAACUCUGAGUACUAUCCGAAGGCGGAACAAAAAGUAAUUGGGACGUUGAAGGUUCGUUUGGAAUCGCUUCAAGCUGGUAAAGAUACACCUUCUUUGGAGGUUGAACUUCUCAACCAAAAUUCAGACUUUUAUGGGGUGUUUGAUUAUGACUCUGCUUCGUUUCCAACUCCUAGUAUGUGUGUUAGUCACAUUCGGACGAAUGCGGCCAUCAGCAUUCCCACCCGUGAAUCUCGUUCAAACAGUCGUUCAUCUUCAGCGUUGGGUGUUCGAACUGUUGCCUCAAAAUCUGGUGCUGGAUCACCUGCGUCUCCGAUGGAUUUUCAUGCAGUCUUUGACGUCGCUGCCGACAAGGAGAUGAAGCUAAUUAUUUAUGAUAAAGCAAACAACAAUUGUCGUGUCGCUCAAUGCCAGUUUAUUCCUCCAUUUGCAGCUGGGAGUGCUGCUACACGCGUUCUCGAAUUACAGAUGACAGAACCGUACAAGCGGCUUCACGGACUCACUGCCAAAGUGUACUUCUAUUGUCAACAAAACUUGAAGCACUCGUACAGUCCUGAUGAUUUCCAAGUGCUCAAACUGCUGGGAAAAGGCACGUUUGGUCAAGUCUAUCUUGUUUGUAAGAAGGACACGAAACGCAUUUACGCCAUGAAGGUUUUGUCGAAGAAGCUCAUCGUUCGUCGAAAGGAGGUUGCACACACUGUCGGUGAGCGUAACAUUCUUGUCCGUACCUCGUUGAGCUAUUCUCCUUUCAUUGUCGGGCUUAAAUUCUCUUUUCAGACGCCUUCUGAUCUUUACCUUGUAACUGAUUAUAUGGCUGGUGGUGAACUGUUUUGGCAUCUUCAAAAGGCCGUGCGUUUUCCCGAAGACAGAGCCAAAUUUUAUACUGCCGAGUUGCUGCUGGCUUUACAGGAAUUGCAUUCGCAUGGAAUUGUUUACCGUGACUUAAAGCCGGAGAACAUUCUCCUGGAUGUUAAGGGUCACAUUGCUUUGUGUGACUUUGGACUCUCAAAAGCUAAUCUCUCUGUCGGUACUACUACCCGCACUUUCUGCGGCACGACUGAUUACCUUGCUCCUGAGGUCAUUCUUGAUGAGAAGGGAUACACGAUGAUGGUCGAUUUCUGGUCUCUGGGCGUCCUGCUGUACGAGAUGACUUGCGGAUGGAGUCCAUUUUAUGCGGAUGACACACAACAGCUUUAUCGCAACAUUGUGUUUGGAAAAGUCCGUUUUCCUCGAGGCGUACUUUCACCAGAGGCACGGGACUUUAUUAAGCAGUUACUGAACCGAAAUCCGGAGCUCAGACUUGGAGCUAAGGGAGAUGCUGCCGAGGUAAAACAACAUCCGUUCUUUAGAGGUAUUGAUUGGGAUGCACUUGCGCAGAAACGUGUUCAGCCACCGUUCAGACCUGAGGUCUCUAAUGAAAGCGAUGUCUCGAACUUCGACACAGAGUUCACGAGCACAAAUGUGACAAGUCGCAAUCUAAUUACGGAAGAUGACAUGUCAAAUUCUGUACCGCUUUCUUCUACGAUUCAAAAUGGGUUUAAGGGAUUCACGUAUGUAAACGAUAGCUCUCUGGAUGAGAGAAUGCAACAACUCCAUUCUGCUUCUCCCGUGCCGCCUUCGCAUUCUAACCAUGCUGACGGUGACGUUUCAAUGGAGGAAGUAGCACAAGAGCCUGAUGACGAGGAAAUGUUUCUUGGCCAGUAUGAGCCUUAGUGCGGUGCAGGGUAUACUUAAUUACGUGUCACAAUUUGAUACGAGAACUUACUCCAAGUGCUACCAGUGCAUAGUCAGUAUGCAUGCAAAAUAAUCUGGUGCACAUAAUGCAAACGCUUGCACGCGCUUCUCAUCUCAAACGCUCUCUAAAAUCAGGGCACACAUUUUCUUACGCUUCACCUUUUAAGUAUCUGUUCCUUUAUACCCACUCGGACUAAAGCGCUGGUUGCAUUGCUAUGUUUCUUUUUCGUUAUUUUGGAUUUCCAUUUUGGGGUUGUUACAUCUGUUUUUUUUUCUACUUUUCCUUUUUGCACAUUUGUGUUGGGUUAAAUGUUCUUUUUUCCUAGACUGCUGUACUGCAGUUCGGAACCAUGUGUGUUAUUUUAUCUUUCCUCCAGCUACGGUUUGUCUAUCCCUUUUCCGAACAAACUAUUUAUUCUUCGUAAUAUCCUGUUUUCUUCAACGCAGGUUUAAUAGUGGUCUCUCCGAAUUGUUUUCAGCAUUAUAUUUUAGCUUGCUUUGUCCGUGCAGCCAUUUUAAUGCUCGCUGUUUUCAUGGAUGGCUGCUUUGGACUCCAGCACCGGUUGCAGUUUUAAUGUUCAAGUUACAAAGAAAGGCGUAAGAAAAUGUUUAUAUUGAGAAAUGCGCUGUCAUUAGUUUCUGUUUUGUGUGUACCAGAUGAGACGUCGUAGUGCAAUUAUUUGCCGUUUGAAGGACGAUGCAGUUUUUUUCGUCUCGCUCUGUAUUCUAGUAAAUACGGGUAUCACGGAUUUGAAGAAUAAUAAUAAUCAUAUACACUCUUCUACAAAUAGUAUGUGCUACACAGCUUUCGGGACACUAACUCUUCUUGAAUUAUUGAAUACGUUGUUUCCAAUGAUCCUUCGCCAG